GUGGACUCGGAGCAACAAGACUGGCCUCAGCAGGGGCGAAGCACUUUGUCCCCGAGGUGGAUCACGAGGUGCUGCAAGGAUGUCACAGCAAAGGUGAACCGCAGGACCGUGUGAUGCAAAGUGAGUAGUGGCAGCAAACGGCGAGGGAUCGAGAGUGAAGUGAGCAAUGAGGGGGAGAUGCCUGUCCCUCGCCCCUUCACAUUCUCCCUCCCUUCCCCCAACGCAGCUCCUCUUCUCGCAUCCCCUUCACCCCUUUCUACUCCUCUCAACUACAGUAUCACUACCACUACUACUCUACUCCUCUACGCUACACACCAUCACGAUAUUCUACGCUACACCUCUACCCACCCCUAUACACACCCUCGACACUGCUUCGGCACUCACUCGCUACCAUCCAGCAUUCAAGAGGGACUCUGAUGACUACCCAAAAGUCAAGCUACUCGACAGCUUGAGCUCACGAGCUGCAGCUCAACCGAUAGACUGCUCACUGACGGAAUCAGCCACAACAAGACAUCCUUCGCAUGACGACCACGACGGCGAGAGCUACAAGUUCACAAGUACUCAUGGAGAGGCGGAGGUCUCCGACAUCCAGCCAACACGCUGGAUGCAAGAGGGGACUCUGGACGUGGAUGCCCUGUCUGCCAGAGUGAAAGUCAGUCUGACAAGCACUGGCAUGGCUCUUCUUCCAGAUCUUGCGGUGGAGCCCAGCAGACUUGCUCCACAAGAAUACUGGUCUCGCUCGGCCGACGAUGGGCACUGUCUGGCCACACAAGUCCAGAAACUGGCUAGUGGCCUGGUCACUGACAACGCGGACCUGCCCAAAGCCCUGCCGUCUGUGUAUCUGAUCGUCGGUUGCACGGAAAAUCGAGUAACUAGUCUCUAGAUUGCGCCUAAAAUACCACCCCCUCAAGAAGGCCGAUACGGUGUACCAUUUCCCUGUCGCAGACUUCGCCGAUGACCACCCAGAGGCUAGAGCUUUGGCCGAGUGUCUCUGGUGCCUCGUGCUGGGGACAUUCCAGUACAAGGAGGAAUGGCUGGCGGGGAGGAGGAGAUUCGGACUGCCUAACGUGGGAGAGACAGUGAAGGGGGGAAACAGUGAGUCGAAGAGCUCUGCAUGCAUGUCUAUGCGACGACGUCACUCACUCAGGCUU